CCAGGUGAGUCAGAAGUGGGGGCGGGCCUGCAGCCGUUGGGAUGCACGGAGCUUCCGGGUGGGAGCCGCCAGCCAGCGGGUGGAGGUGUGAGUCCUAGCAGGGUCCCCAGUGCCGGUAGGGUGGGGACAGCCCGUUCUGAGUCACUGAUUGAGCUGGCAGGAGGGCUGGGAAGAGCGACAGAGAUGGAAGUGGGGCGGGGCGGCAGGAAGAGUCACACGGUGACCCACAGGGCCGGGCAUGGGGCUCGGGGAGACCCCAAGCUCUGCACCAAGACUGAACCUCAUCGACUUCCGGGAGUGACAGAAAUGACACAUUGUUUGUGUCUUUUUUAGGGGGAUGUGGCCACACCCGGUGAUGCUCAGGGUUACUCCUGCCUCUGCACUCAGGAAUUAUUCCUGGCCGUGCUCUGGGGACCAUAUGGGGUGCCAGUGACCGAACCUGGGUCGGCCGACCGCAUGCAAAGCAAAUGCCCUCCCCGCUAGCCUAUUCCUCGGCACCCUUUGUGUCAUUUUUGCCUGGGGUGGGGUGUGACCAGCACACAUCUGUCCCUCUCGGGGCACUGGGAGUCUUCCCUGUCACCGCCCAAGCCCGUGCCCAUGGGUGCUCGUCACCUCCCCGGCUUGGGGGUGGGCACUGCCACCCGCCUCUGGGAACAGGGCUCUGCCCGGGGGCGCUGCCUCUGGCCGUGGUUCCCUGUGCCGGCUGCCCGUGGCUUCACCCUCUGCUGGCCCUUUGUGCAGUUCCACCCCAGGCCCUGAGCGAGCCUCGCCAUCAGCCUGGGAAGUCAGAGCUUCUCCUCGUAGUCGGGACAGCCUGCGGGGGAGGCCCCCGGGCCACGUCCCUGCCGAAGGCCACAUCGCGGGGCCCUUGGCACGGAGUGGGGCGAUGUGGGUGAGAGCGGCAGUGGGGGCUGGAGCCAGAGCUAGAGUCCGGCACGGGGACAGGAGGCGAAACUCCUCUGGGCCAGGCCGGCAGCAGCCGCGCCAGCCCGGGGGCGCCUGGGGCCGGCAGCACCCCCCGCCGCUCACACGCCCCAGCUCUCUCCCCGUGACCUCCUCACGGUGCCCCUCGGGCAGGGCCCGGCUUCACUCCGUGUCCCGCUAGGGACACGCUGACCUGGAAUGCCCCCACGCCGACUGCCAGCAGCUGCACCGCCAGGGCCCCCUGAGCCUCGGCCAGGCCUGUGACGACAAGCUCCACAGCGCCAUGCAUUAUGACGGCCGCGUCCGCUUCGACCUGCCCCCCCAAGGCUCCGUCCUGGCCCGGAACGUGUCCACACGCUCGUGCCCCCCACGCACCAGCCCUGCAGUGGACUUGGAGGAGGAGGAAGAAGUCUGCGUGGACGGCAGAGGGGAUCGGAGGGGCACGGGCCUGAAGCUGCCCAAGAAGAAGGCGAGGAGGAGACACACGGACGACCCGAGCAAGGAGUGCUUCACCCUGAAGUUUGACCUGAGCGUGGACGUGGAGAUGGAGAUCGUGCCGGCCAUGAGGAAGAAGUCUCUGGGGGAGGUGCUGCAGCCGGUGUUUGAGAGGAAGGGCCUCGCGCUGGGCAGGACGGACAUCUACCUGGACCAGUCCCACACCCCACUGUCCCUCACCUUCGAGGCCUACAGAUUCGGGGGGCACUACCUGCGGGUCAGAGCCAAGCCCGGGGACGAGGGGAAGGUGGACCAGGGCGUGAAGGACGCCAAGUCCCUGAGCCUGCCAAUCCUGCGGCCAGCUGGCGCUGGGCCCCCCGCCCCAGAGCGCGUGGACCCCCAGAGCCGCCGGGAGAACCUGGACAUUCUGGCUCCGGGCCGCCGCCGCAAGAACAUGUCCGAGUUCCUGGGGGAGGCGAGCAUCCCUGGGCAGGAGCCCCCCGUGCCGUCCAGCUGCUCUCUGCCCAGUGACAGCUGGAAGAACCGGGCGGCCAGUCGCUUCAGCGGCUUCUUCAGCUCCAGCCCCAGCACCAGCGCCUUCGGCCGGGAGGUGGACAAGCUGGAGCAGCUGGAGGGCAAGCUGCAUGCCUACGGGCUCUUCGGGCUGCCGCGGCUGCCACGGCGACUGCGCUUCGACCACGACUCGUGGGAGGAGGAGGGGGACGAGGACGAGGACGAGGACGAGGCCUGCCUGUGGCUGGAGGACAGCUGGCGGGAGCUCAUCGACGGGCACGAGAAGCUGAGCCGGCGGCAGAGCCACCAGCAGGAGGCCGUCUGGGAGCUCCUGCACACCGAAGCCUCCUACAUCAAGAAACUGCGGGUCAUCACCAACCUGUUCCUGUGCUGCCUUCUGAACCUGCAAGAGUCCGGGCUGCUGUGCGAGGUGGAGGCGGAGCGGCUGUUCAGCAACAUCCCCGAGAUUGCGAGGCUGCACCGGCGGCUGUGGGCCAGCGUGAUGGCACCGGUGCUGGAGAAGGCGCGGCGCACGCGGGCCUUGAUGCAGCCCGGCGACUUCCUCAAGGGCUUCAAAAUGUUCGGCUCGCUCUUCAAGCCCUACACCCGGUACUGCAUGGAGGAGGAAGGCUGCAUGGAGUACAUGCGGGGCCUGCUGCGGGACAACGACCUGUUCCGGGCCUACGUCACGUGGGCUGAGAAGCAUCAGCAGUGCCAGCGGCUGAAACUGAGCGACAUGCUGGCCAAGCCCCACCAGCGGCUCACCAAGUACCCGCUGCUGCUCAAGUCGGUGCUGAGGAAGACGGAUGAGCCGCGCACCAAGGAGGCUGUGGUCACCAUGAUCGACUCGGUGGAGCGCUUCAUCCACCACGUGAACGCGUGCAUGCGGCAGCGCCAGGAGCGCCAGCGGCUGGCGGCUGUGGGGAGCCGCAUUGACGCCUACGAGGUGGUGGAGGGCAGCAAUGACGAGGUGGACAAGCUCCUGAAGGAAUUCCUGCGUCUGGACCUGACGGCGCCCAUCCCUGGCGCCUCCCCGGAGGAGACCCGUCAGCUGUUGCUGGAAGGAAGCCUGCGGAUGAAGGAGGGCAAGGACAGCAAGAUGGACGUGUACUGCUUCCUUUUCACGGACCUGCUCCUGGUGACCAAGGCGGUGAAGAAGGCCGAGAGGACCAAGGUCAUCCGGCCACCGCUGCUGGUGGACAGGCUCGUGUGCCGGGAGCUCCGGGACCCUGGCUCCUUCCUUCUCAUCCACCUGAACGAGUUCCACAGCGCCGUGGGGGCCUACACGUUCCAGGCCAGCGGCCAGGCCCUGUGCCGGGGCUGGGUGGAUGCCAUCCACAACGCCCAGAACCAGCUGCAGCAGCUGCGGGCCCAGGAGCAGCCCGGCGGCCAGCCCAGCCUGCAGAGCCUGGAGGAGGAAGAGGAGGAGGAGGAGGAGGAGGAGGAAGGCGGGGAGAGCAGCGCCUCGGCCGCCAGCUCCCCGACCAUCCUGCGCAAAAGCACCCACAGCCUGGACUCCCAGCACUGUGCCUCCGACGGCUCCACGGAGACCCUGGCCAUGGUGGUGGUGGAGCCUGGGGCCACGCCAUCCACCCCGGAAUUCGAGGGCGGCCCCUUCAGCUCCCAGUCCGACGAGACCUCCCUGGGGACCACAGCCUCAUCCGUCACGCCCACCAGCGAGCUGCUGCCUCUGGGCGCCGCGGACGGGCGCUCCUGCUCCAUGGACUCGGCCUACGGCACCCUCUCCCCUUCUUCCCUGCAAGACUUUGUGGCCGCAGCCCCUGGGGCGGAGCCAGCCUCCGUGCGCCCCGAGCUGCCCCAGGCCCCUUCCCCGCCCCCCUCGCCCCGCCUCCGCCGCCGCACCCCCGUCCAGUUGCUGCCGCGCCCGCCCCACCUGCUCAAGUCCAAGUCUGAGGCCAGCCUGCUCCAGCUGCUGAGCGGGGCGGCCGCCCGCGGGGCGCCCCCCGGCCCCAGCCGCAGCUUGUCGGAACUGUGCUUGGUGGCCGCCGGCCCUGGCACCAGGACUCAGGGCUCCCCGGGAGCGGGGUCCAGCUGGCACAGCCAGGGGAUGCGGAGCCCUGGCGGCGGCACCCCGUUGGCAGCGCUAGAGAGUGGGGCCAGCUGCUCAGAUGGACUCGGAGGGCUGCCGCAGGGGGCCCUUCCCCGGGCCCAGCCGGAGCCCCCCGCAGGGAUCUCUCCCCAGCACCGGAAGCUGACGCUGACCCAACUCUACCGCAUCCGAACCACGCUGCUGCUCAACUCCACGCUCACUGCCUCGGAGGUCUGAGCCUGGGUCCCGAGCAGCCCCCCGGGGAGCCCCCGCCGCCACCUUCCGGCCGGAUCGCACUUUGCCAGAGAACGGACGCGGAGGAGGCCCGGCCGCUGACCCCGGCCCCUCCUCCCAGCUGGCCGGCCCCUGACCUCUCCGCCGCGGCCGCCCGCCGGGCCACAGGCAGGAACCCGCGCGCCCUCCGCCCCCGUCCGGCCGGGCGCGCCCCCCGUGCCUGCCCUCCCCUCCGGCCCGCCGCCGGCCGGGCCGCGCUGCGUAUUUAUUGAGCUUCGUUCUUUUAUAAAGAUUUGUUCGUACGG